GCUAGGUCUUGACUCUGCUAACCGGGACUCCCCGUGUGGUUUUGAGCUUGGACCUCAGCAGCACAAGGAGAUGUAGCUCAGCGGCUGGUACCGGGAAGCGUAUGGACAGGUCUGCGUCACGGCAUUUAGGUGCUAAGAGAUGGCGCUUGUGGGGCUCAGCUCUGCCUGAGAAUCGGGCGCUCCAGGCACUGAAGAGCCAGCCCUGAUCCUGGGCUGCCCGCUUGAACACGCCUUCACCUCCAGCCACUCCCGUCCACUGGCCAGACCACUUGUGUUCUCUUAAUGAUGGGUAUCGGCAAGAACACGACAUCCAAAUCCAUGGAGGCGGGGAGUUCCACCGAAGGCAAAUAUGAAGACGAAGCGAAGCACCCCGCCUUCUUCACCCUCCCGGUGGUGAUAAAUGGAGGUGCCACGUCGAGUGGUGAACAGGACAACGAAGACACAGAGCUCAUGGCAAUCUAUACGACGGAAAACGGCAUCGCAGAAAAGAGCUCUCUCGCCGAGACCUUGGAUAGCACUGGCAGUCUAGACCCCCAGAGAUCGGACAUGAUUUACACCAUAGAAGAUGUUCCUCCCUGGUACCUCUGCAUAUUUCUGGGGUUGCAGCACUACCUGACCUGCUUCAGUGGCACGAUCGCGGUGCCCUUCCUGCUGGCCGACGCCAUGUGCGUGGGCUACGACCAGUGGGCCACCAGCCAGCUCAUCGGGACCAUUUUCUUCUGCGUGGGAAUCACAACAUUGCUGCAGACAACGUUUGGAUGCAGGUUACCCCUGUUUCAGGCCAGUGCUUUUGCAUUUCUGGCCCCUGCUCGAGCCAUCCUGUCUUUAGAUAAAUGGAAAUGUAACACCACAGAUGUUUCAGUUGCCAAUGGGACAGCAGAACUGUUACACACAGAACACAUCUGGUAUCCCCGGAUACGCGAGAUCCAGGGAGCCAUCAUCAUGUCAUCAUUGAUAGAAGUGGUCAUCGGCCUCCUGGGCCUGCCUGGGGCUCUGCUGAAAUACAUCGGUCCCCUGACCAUUACACCCACGGUGGCCCUCAUUGGCCUCUCUGGUUUCCAGGCAGCGGGAGAGAGAGCGGGGAAGCACUGGGGCAUCGCCAUGCUGACAAUUUUCCUAGUAUUACUGUUUUCUCAAUAUGCCAGAAAUGUUAAAUUUCCUCUCCCAAUUUACAAAUCCAAGAAAGGAUGGACUGCAUACAAGUUACAGCUUUUCAAAAUGUUCCCUAUCAUCCUGGCCAUCCUUGUGUCCUGGCUGCUCUGCUUCAUCUUCACGGUGACUGAUGUCUUCCCUCCUGACAGCACGAAGUACGGCUUCUAUGCUCGGACGGAUGCCAGGCAGGGCGUGCUCCUGGUAGCCCCGUGGUUUAAGGUCCCAUACCCAUUCCAGUGGGGACUGCCCACCGUCUCAGCGGCUGGUGUCAUCGGCAUGCUCAGCGCGGUGGUUGCCAGCAUUAUCGAGUCCAUCGGGGACUACUACGCCUGUGCGAGGCUGUCCUGUGCCCCACCGCCGCCCAUCCAUGCCAUAAACAGGGGGAUUUUCGUGGAGGGUCUCUCCUGUGUUCUCGAUGGCAUAUUUGGUACUGGGAAUGGCUCUACUUCAUCCAGUCCCAACAUUGGAGUUUUGGGAAUUACUAAGGUUGGCAGUCGCCGGGUGAUCCAGUACGGUGCAGCCCUCAUGCUUGCCUUGGGCACGAUCGGAAAGUUCAGCGCCCUCUUCGCGUCCCUUCCGGAUCCUGUGCUUGGCGCCCUCUUCUGUACUCUCUUUGGAAUGAUCACAGCUGUUGGACUCUCGAACCUACAGUUCAUCGAUUUAAAUUCUUCCCGGAACCUCUUUGUGCUUGGAUUUUCAAUCUUCUUUGGGCUCGUCCUUCCAAGUUACCUCAGACAGAACCCUCUCGUCACAGGGAUAUCAGGAAUCGAUCAAGUAUUGAACGUUCUUCUCACAACUGCUAUGUUUGUAGGAGGCUGUGUGGCUUUCAUUUUGGAUAACACCAUCCCAGGUACUCCAGAGGAAAGAGGAAUCAGGAAGUGGAAGAAGGGCGUGGGUAAAGGGAGCAAGUCACUUGAUGGCAUGGAAUCCUACGAUUUGCCAUUUGGCAUGAACGUUAUUAAAAAAUACAGAUGCUUCAGCUACUUACCCAUCAGCCCGACCUUUGUGGGCUACAACUGGAAAGGCCUCGGGAAGAGCGCUAACAGCCGAAGUUCAGAUGAGGACUCACAGGCCACGGUAUAGCCAUAGCUCGCCCUGUGGCCCAGCCGCAGUGAGGCAUGAAUCUGUAGUUCCUUGCUGAAUAACAAGCGGUAACAUAUAUGUUUGUAUAUCUGCAUUUACAUUCUGCACCCCAGAGCUAAGACAGAUUACAAAUAGCUUUUUUGUUGUGGGUGGUGACUGUGUCUGAUAUGGUGUCUCACCUGUCUCCUUGUUUAAGCCCUGACCCCUUGCCCUUGAGAGCAUCCAUUGCUGGCCAUAGUCACUGAACUUGAAGUUCCUGUUCUCCUGUGGGAGUGGAUGUUUGAAACCCACAGCGAUUUCUGGUUUUCAGUCCCCUUCCAGCACCCCGUGCUAGCUUUCCUACAAGCUGCCUCCAGGGUCCAGGGGCCUUCUGUCCCAGAAGCACCUGAACUGGCUUUUUUUUUUUUGCUUGACCUUGGCCUGAACUGCAGAGACCACCUCUGGUCAAGGGGCACCACCAUCCUCGCAGUCACAACUGACGGGUCAAGUGUCAUUCUGUGUUCCCUGAUACUCCUGUAGGAGGACGCUGUUGACCUGAUUGAAAACAGUGACAUGGUCACCCUGUGUCCAGAUCUGUGCAUGAGUAAAGUCUGUACAGAUAUUAUCAGGAUGGAAAUCUGGGGGCUUAGAGGGGAGGGGAAAGUACCUUGAAAUCAGUAUCUGAUUUUCAACUGCUCUUUCUUGGUGCAACCCAGAUCCAGGCCGGGUCGGCACAUUUCGUACCGGCCUCACUUUGACUGGUAGCUGAGACACUCUAUCUGGCAUUUGUCACUCCUGGCUGGUAUGAUGGGUAUAGAGUGCCACACAAGGGCACCAAGCAGAUGUUUAUGGGAGUCUUAGCUCUGCUGUCACGUGGAUGUCAGUUAUUGUCAUGCGUGUCUAUAAUUACAAGAUUUUAUUCCUAUUUAAUGUUAUUGACUAUAGCAGAUUUUUGAAAUCAGUGUUUUUCCAUGUGCUCCUCUUACCUUGCAUCCCUAUUACUUCUCGCCCACCCCCCCCACCCCCCCAUUAAGAAAAGAACCAGCAUUUGUAAAGCUGUGGACACCAUCAGGGAAGCUUAUUGUCAUGGCUUUUGAAGGCCAGUAACCAUUGUUGUGGUUGUGUUUUGUAUUGCUUGAUACCACGAAAGUGUAAAUACUGUAAUGCCUAAUCUAUUUAUCAAAACUGACUACUGGACCAGAGCCCAGAAACCAUGGGUUAAGUUAUACGUGAAUUUGUUUUGUGAAGAAGGGAAGCUGGGGCAGGUAACACACAGAGCCGCCGUAUUGAAUGGUCUGGCAUCCUGAUAAAUUCAUCACAUGCAGUUCUAGUGCAAGUCAUUUCUGGCAGUUAAGGCUUAAGGAGACUUUCUGUGGGUUGCCAUAUUGCAUGUCUGCUGAAUCCUGAUUUUACAGAGGGGGAGAUUAGAUCCCCUGGCCAAAUGCUGCCUUUCUUGUUUAAGUUAUUGCAGAAGGUGUUGAGAAAAGCAGCUCGCAGGCCUUCUCUGUUGAGUUCUAAUUAAUAACACUAAAUUGUUUCUAAAAAAAAAAAUGACUUCAGUUGAAUUUGGUUUGAAAUUUUUCAGCCAAAGGAAAAGCCUCACUUCAUGAGGUUGUGCUUCUAAGUAUUCGUUGACCUGGUUGAGUCUUAGGUGGCAGUGGGCAUUCCUGUCUCCAACAGCAGAGCAUGGUUCUCGGCAGCCUUGUGUCCACACGGUACAUUUCCUGCCCCCAGAGCUGGCUCUGCUUCACUGCAUUGGGAUGUCUUUGGCAGCAUUAUUGUGUCACUAUAGCCUCCUCAACUCUUGGAAAGGUUGGGACCUCAAGGCUUAUUCCAGCAAGAAUACUUCAGAGCCACUGCAUUGUUUUGCCAAGAUCUUAUUGCAGAUUAAGUAAAAAAUCUAGAUUCUAAAUUA